UAUGUCGCCAUUUUGUUGUCAUGUACUCGAAAACUGUCUUGUAAACAAACCAUAUCGUAUCAGCAGUCAUGGGGGUUGAUUAUUACGAUAUUUUGGGGCUAACUCGAAGUGCAACAGAUGCGGAGAUCAAAAAAUUCUACCGCAAAUUAUCCUUAAAAUACCAUCCAGACAAAAAUGAAGGAGAUCAAAAUGCAGCUGACAAAUUCAUGCAAGUUGCUGAAGCAUAUGAUGUACUUUCAGAUCCCAGAAAACGUGCUGUGUAUGAUCAGUUUGGUGAAGAAGGUUUGAAAAAUGGAGUUCCUGCAGGAAGUGGAGAAGCUGGUGCCUGGGUUUUUGGUUAUACAUUCCAUGGGAAUCCUGAGAAGGUUUUUAGAGAUUUUUUUGGCGGUGACAAUCCUUUUCAGGAGUUUCAUGAUAGAAUUGAUGGUGACUUAAGUAUGGGAUUUGGUGGCUUACAUGGACGAGGUGCUAAAAAACAAGACCCACCUAUAGAGAGAGAUUUAUAUCUUAGUCUUGAAGAAGUUUUCCAUGGUUGCACAAAAAAGAUGAAAAUUUCAAGAAGGGUUAUGAAUGAUGAUGGACACACCUCAAGCAUACGAGACAAAAUUUUGACCAUUACAGUAAAGAAAGGCUGGAGGCCAGGCACAAAGAUAACAUUUCCUCAGGAAGGUGACCAGGGUCCAAAUAAUGUACCAGCUGAUAUAGUGUUUAUUGUUAAAGACAAACCUCACCCAAGAUUUCGUCGUGAUGGUGCUAAUCUUAUCCACACAGCCAAAGUACCUUUAGGUAGAGCACUGACUGGCUGUACAGUAGAAAUCCAUACUUUAGAUGAAAGGAUUCUCCACAUACCAAUCAAUGAUAUUGUCAAACCUGGAUACAAGAAGAUUGUUCCUGGAGAGGGCAUGCCACUGGUUGUUGCUCCAUGUGAUAAAGGAGAUCUCAUCAUUGAGUUUGAUAUUGAGUUUCCAACCUCCCUCACACCAGAGAAGAAAGAGCAUGUGCGAAGAGCGCUUCUAUAUUAGAUGGGGUAAACUAAGCAAAACUUGGUGUAGGUGUGAUGUUAAGCAUUGUUUUAGUUCCUAUUAAAUAUAUUUCAGAUAACUGACUAUAACUUUGUUUUUCAUUAUGUAAAAAUUAUACAUUUUGCACACAGCAAAGAGACAAUAUGCUGACAAAUAACGUAAACAUUUACAAUAUGUAAUGUUAUUUAAAACUUUGAAAGAAAUAUGUUCUCUGUUUUUUAUUCCAACAAUCUGUUGCUCCAAAUAUUAAUUUGUUAACCUUAUUGAAAAUGUCAACAUUAGCAAUUUCGUCAUCAAUAUUAUCAAACUUACUUCAUGAUUACAUCCUCGAUAUAAAGUAAAUAAAUUUGAAUAAUGAUAUUGAUAAGUUUGAUUUUGUGAAUGAAGUACACAUUAAGCUUGUUUUUUAAAUGUAAUAUACUAUGGAUUUAAAUAAAACUUUAUAUUGACUUUAAUGUCAUCUUGUUUUUUAGUAGUUGUUGUCAGCAAUCAAUUACUAUUUACACAUUAAAAAUAUAAUUAAUUUUAGUUUUGAACAGCUAAUAGGAUACAUCUGGCUAGUUAAAUAUUUUGUAUUUUCACAAAACAGGUAUGUAUAAAAAUUGUAAGAAACCAAUUUUAGAAAAAAUAAAAAUUGAAACUUUUAUUUUUUAAAAUCUGGCUGUGAGUCUAACAAACCAUAAAUACAACAAUUUUAACUUCAUCAUUCUUCCAUAUCAUUGAUUAUAUACACAAACAAACUCUUGAAAUGGCAAACAGCUCACUCAAAACAUCUUUUAGUCCUCCACUUUCCCC